UCAUUGGCGCUACCUUGGCAACCGAGUGGCUGAGACGCCUGCGGUGGGUCCGUUCUCGGCACUCGCUGCUUUGCCGGAGCCCCGCGCCCCGGCUCCCCGCGGCCAGUCCCGACCCCCGACCCCCGGCCCCGGCCCCGCGGCGCCAUGUCGGUUCGGACGCUACCUCUGCUCUUCCUGAACCUGGGUGGGGAGAUGCUCUACAUCCUGGACCAGCGCCUGCGGGCGCAGAACGUCCCGACAGACAAGGCCCGUAAAGAUGAAUGGACAGAGGUGGACAGGAAAAGAGUCAUGAACGAUCUCAUCUCAACCAUGUUCAAUAAGAAGUUUUUGGAGGAGCUGUUCAAGCCCCAGGAACUCUAUUCCAAGAAGGCCUUGAGAACAGUCUACGACCGUCUGGCACAUGCCUCCAUCAUGAGACUGAACCCAGCCAGCAUGGAUAAGCUCUUUGACUUGAUGACCAUGGCUUUCAAAUAUCAAGUCUUAUUGUGUCCCCGACCCAAAGAUAUAUUGCUGAUAACUUUCAACCACUUAGAUGCCAUCAAGAAUUUUGUCCGUGACUCCCCAGAUAUCAUGAAUCAAGUGGAUGAGACCUUUCGGCACAUAAUUGAAGUGUAUGGUUGUCUUCCUGCUGGAGAAUUCCAGCUCAUCAGACAAACUCUGCUGCUUUUCUUUCAGGACAUGCACAUCCGGGUAUCUAUAUUUCUAAAGGACAAAGUCCAGAAUUCAAAUGGCCGUUUUGUGUUGCCAAUAUCUGGGCCUGUUCCAUGGGGAACCAAAGUUCCUGGACUCAUCAGAAUGUUUAAUAACAAAGGAGAAGAAGUGAAGAGAAUGGAAUUUAAGCAUGGCGGACAAUAUGUCAGGGCAGAGAGUGAAGGUUCUUUUGAGCUUUCUGGAGACAGAGUCCUCACCCUAGGGACAAAUAUGUACAGCGCCAGUCGGCCAGUGGAAACACGUGUGUCUGGAGCAUUAAAGAAUUCAUCUUUGAAUACUAAGGAUAACAUUGCUGCGAGAACUCUUGCUAAAGAAGAACUGAAUUUCUUGGCCAGAUUGAUGGGAGGAAUGGAAAUUAAGAAAACCAGUGGCCCUGAACCUGGAUUCCGGUUGAAUCUGUUUACCACUGAUGAAGAAGAAGAGCAUGCUGCGUUAACCAGACCAGAAGAAUUAUCAUAUCAAGUGAUCAACAUUCAGGCAGCCCAGGACCAACAAAGAAAUGAAGAGCUAACUCGGAUCAUGGGGGAGUUUGAGAUUCAUGAUCAGCCCCAACAGAGUACCAGCAAAGGUGAUGAUUUGCUGGCCAUGAUGGAUGAAUUAUAACGGUGGCCUGGCAAGCCGGGGGUUCCACCUACAGCAGAGACUGCUGGACCAGAGCUGCCUGAGACCAGAGUAGGACCCUCAAAGAUGCUGCUAGUUUUCUACCAAGUGGAGCCUUGUUAUCUUAUACUUUUUUGUACUGUGAUCAACUUGCACAAGCUUCCUUCCCUUACUCAGAGCUCUUCCCCAAAGCCACCAACACACACACACACACACACACACACACACACACACACACACUCUGCACUCAGCUAAAUUCAUUCUGAUUUUCAAAAUUGACCUUUUUGUGUUUCCUUUCCAAAUGUUACAGCAGCCAUCCGUGGCUGAGCAGGCUCAGAUCCCAACCCCCGAGUGCAUAAGGGUAAGACUGUGCGCUGCCUCUCAGCUUUGCUCCCUUGUGUCUCCUGUGGGAGAUCUGGAUCUUGUCAAUGUCUCUGAUUCUGAAUGGGGAGUCUAAAGGUUUCUGCUUGUGUUCUGCCAUAUAGGGGGGUUUGGAAAGCUCUCUUGUCCUGUGUAUUAGGAGCAGGAAUUUUAGGGAAACAGGAUAAUCAGGGCUGUGUCAUGGAUUGUGCCAGCUGUCUCCCAAACAGGGACUGGGGAACAUACAGAUACACAGAUAUGUAGCUAUAUAUGUACAUAUAUAUAUAUAUGAAGAAAA